AUGGAAAAGGAAAUCGUCUUCUGCCAGUCACACAUAGACUUCUAUAUGGAUGACUCCGGACUGAGCUACUCUCAUCCAAUCUUCUCGAUAUCUGGAAACAUGAAGUCUGGAAAGCCCCUCCAGGUGCUUGUCAGGAACUUCUUCCCCUACUUCUACAUAGAAGCCGCUAACGGCAAGGAGUACAGGAAGGAGGACAUAAAAGAGUCGAUCCAAAGGCUUGAUGUCAAGGCAACUGUGCUAGAGGUCGAGGCUGUUAUGAAGCAAACCAUAAUGGGAUACACAGAGGGCAAGAAAACGUUUUAUAAGGUAACCCUCAACACGCCCCAUGCCUCUGCAGCCUUACGGGCAUUCCUAGAAGGCGGAGUGGUUAUUAAAGGCGAGAAGGUUCGAUUCCGAGUCUAUGAAAGUGGAUUUCCCUUUGUGUUGAGAUUCAUGUGCGAUCUUGGGAUUGUUGGGAUGAGCUACCUCAAGGUGAACAGUUAUGAGGUUUUAGACAGUGAGAAUCUGACUCUGAGCACAUCCUACGAGUCCUUAGAAACACUUCCGCUUACAGGAGUGUAUGCAAUUCUCCCGCCACUCAAGAUCUUAAGUAUAGACAUUGAGUGUGUAAGUGCAGGGAAUUCGUUUCCAUCCUCUAAAUCUGAUCCCAUAAUUCAGAUAGGGAACACCUUGAUGCUCUUUGGGAACGAAAAGCACGAAAGCCAGGCCAUCUUCUGCCUGAAGGAAACCACUGGGAUUCCUGGCGCCAGUGUUCAUUGGUAUGACACAGAGAAAGGGCUUCUGGAGAGUUGGAAGAAGUAUUUCAUGGAGGUCGACCCUGAUAUCAUCGUGGGAUACAACAUCAAGGGAUUUGAUCUUCCUUACAUCCUUGACAGAGGAGAAAUCCUAGGAAUCAACGACUUUUCGAUUCUAGGAAGGUCAAAGAAAAAGGCAAAGACGAGAGAUACAACAAUGUCCAGCAACAUGUUUGGCUCUAUAACCACUACGGAAGUUGAGAUUGAUGGAAGACUGAUUAUAGACAUGAUGGUUGUAAUACGAAGAGACUACAAGCUGAGAAGCUACUCGCUAAACUCAGUCAGCAUCCAUUUUCUGAAGGAGCAGAAGGAAGAUGUCCCUCCAUCCUCCAUUGGCGAGCUCCAGUCGAAAGACAAGGAUUCCAGAAGGAGAAUAGCUUCCUACUGCUUAAGAGACACAGUACUUCCGCUCCGCCUGUUUAGUACCUUGAGCGUUCUGAUCAACUAUACCGAGUUGUCAAGAGUAACAGGCGUGCCCAUCGAUUACUUCUUCACUCGAGGAACAGCCAUCAAGAUGUUUGCACUUAUCUAUAGAGUGGCCGCAAAGGAGGACUUUGUAGUUCCCGAGGUCGAUCCGUUUGAAUCAAACAGGACUUUCGAGGGAGGGUUUGUCAUUGAGCCCAAGAGAGGAUUCUACAACAAGCCUGUGUCUGUGAUGGAUUUCACCUCUCUGUAUCCCUCUAUAAUGAUAAGCAACAAUCUUUGCUACACGACAUUGCUUACAAAGGAGCAGUACAGGGUCCUCGGGGGCAUCAGGACCCCGACAGAUAACUACUUCUGUAGUGCAGAAAGGAAAAAAGGCCUUCUUCCAAGGAUCCUAGUUGACCUGCUUGAAUCAAGAAAGAAAAUAAAGGAAGAGCUGAAAAAGGAGAAGGACCCGGCAUUAAAGGCAUGCUUGAAUGGAAGACAGCUAGCCGUGAAGCUCUGUGCAAACUCAUUGUAUGGGUUCACAGGGGCGUCGAAAGGAAAGCUUCCUUGCUUCGAGAUAUCCCAGAGUGUAACGGGAUUUGGAAGGGAGAUGAUCAAUUUCACAAAGAACUUAAUCGAGGAGAAUUUCUCGAAGAAGAACGGGUAUACCCACGACUCUGUUGUGAUCUAUGGUGACACAGACUCUGUCAUGAUAGAUUUCAACGAAGAAGACUUGGGGAGGGUUUUUGAAAUGAGCAAGAGGAUAUCUGAGUUUGUAACCAGUAAGUUUGUGAGGCCUGUUUCUCUGGAGUUUGAAAAGGUUUAUUAUCCGUAUCUGCUCAUCAAUAAGAAGAGAUAUGCUGGAUUGCUUUAUUCUAAUCCAGACAGUCCAAGCAAGAUAGACACCAGGGGGAUCGAGACUGUCAGGAGAGACAACUGCGGGCUUGUUAAGGAAGCUGUCGAGACGGUUCUUGAAAUGAUUCUCUACCAAAGGAAUGUUGAGAAGGCCAAGAGGUUUGUUAAAGAUGUUGUGAGGGAUCUGUACCUAGGAAAGAUAGACCUGAGUCUCCUGGUGAUCUCGAAGUCAUUGACAAAAGCAGGAGACAAGUACGGGAGCAGGCAAGCACAUGUGGAGUUGGCAGAGAAGCUUAGGAAGAGGGAUGAGAGUACUGCACCGGUGCUUGGAGACCGGGUUCCAUAUGUGAUAGUGAAGAAGGGGAAAGGAAUAGCAGCAUAUGAAAAGAGUGAGGAUCCUGUGUACGUGCUCGAAAACAACCUUCCGAUUGACACAGAAUACUAUAUUGAGCAGCAGCUGUCGAAACCUUUGAAAAGAAUAUUCGAUCCGAUCAUGGACAAUGUUCACGAGCUAUUCAAGGGAGACCAUACAAGAGUCAUGCAGUCAACAUCUCUGAAGGGGCCCAUUAACACGUUUCUGAAGCCUGCGGAUGUUUGCAUUGGGUGCAGGGCAGAAGGAAGGAUAAUAUGCAGCAACUGUACCAAAGACUUCCAUGUGCAUCUUCAGAGAAUGCAGCGGGAGGUAGAAGACAAAAAGGAGAGACUGAACGGGUGCUGGGUGGAAUGCCAAAGAUGCCAAGGAAGCAUCCACAACCAGGUACUGUGUGUCAACAGAGAUUGUCCGAUCUUCUACAUGAGAACAAAAGUAAAAAAGGAGCUGAUUCCUCUCAGCGAGAAGCUUGGAAAGCUAAGGUCCUUUUCCUGGUGA